AACAAAGUCUGGAACUUUGACUCUGUCAAGCAAUUGUCCGAGUCACCAGACCCUUCACGCGUCUUGAUCGAUGUCCGCGAACCCGCCGAAUACGAAGCUGGCUUCAUUCCUACCGCCGUCAAUAUCCCCGUCGGUUCUGCGCCUGAUGCACUCUUCAUGCCCGCCCACGAAUUCGAGGAUAAGUUUGGUUUUGAGAAGCCCAAGGCUGAUCAAGAGUUGGUGUUCUACUGCAAGGCUGGAGUAAGGAGUUCUGCGGCUGCUGGGUUAGCUAGGCAGGUGGGAUACCAAAAGGUUGGUGAGUAUAGAGGUAGUUGGUUGGAGUGGAGUAAGAAUGGUGGUAAG